AUGAUAUCGAAGCAGGAUGUGUGUGAAAUGCUAAGGCCGUUUCAGAAACAUAGACAGUUGUCAAUAAGGGAAGGCGAGGUUAUCUCUCUCGAGAUACUGACGUUGCUAUGUGAUGAUUACUGUGGUGACGAGGGAACUUUGAAAUACUUAGCGAGGCUAAUGACUCCAGAACUUUAUGCUGAUCUGGUUGACGAGCGCAACUUGAAUCAAAGGUGUGGUUACCCAUUGUGCUCGGGAGCACCUGAGAGAAUACGGGAUCCGUUUUCAGUGGACCAAGUUACUAAGCAGUUUCUGUGGGAGAACAAUCCCUAUGCAUAUUUAUCAAAAUACUGUAAUAAGUUUCACUUCAGAUGUUCACAGUUCUUUCAGGUACAAUUGUCUGAAGAGGCCAUUUUCGCUAGGACAGGCGUGCACCUGCUAGAAGACACACAAGAAAUGAGACAGACUCAAGAUGACAAAUUUAAUGUUACGUUAUUUGAAGAGCUUUUGAGAGAAAAAGCUUCAGAAGAGGAUAUCAAAUCACUUGUAGCAGGGCUCAAGAGGCUUGGUUUGGAUGCUUCACAGGACGGUGAAGAUGGGGAUGAACAAUUAGAGGUAGAUCUCUCAAAAUGGCUUGAACAAAUAAAAAUUGUGGAAAAUAAGGACCCGCCUAUGCUUGGUGACCUAGUAAAGGACUAA